AUGUCGCAAAAGGCGCCGCUACACUGUCACAACAGGAAAACCAAGUACAGCCGCCCCUACUAUUUUCUCGAAAGACGCCGCUGCAACUGUCAUCCAGACGAAGCAAGUACAGCCGCCCCUACAACUGCCACCAGAGACAAACCAAGUACAGCCACCCCUACUAUUGUCUCGAAAGGCGCCGCUACAACUGCCACUACAGUCGAACCAAGAACAGCCUCCCUAAUAUUGUCCUACAGACCAACCAAGUACAGCCGCCCUACUAUUGUCUCGAAAGGUGCCCCUACAACUGUCACCACAGACGAACCAAGUACAGCUGCCCCUACAACAGUCACUACAAACGAACAAAGUACAACCGCCCCUACUAUUGUCUGGAAAGGCGCCGCUACAACUGUCACUACAGACGAAACAAGUACAGCCGCCUCUACUAUUGUCUCGAAUGGAGCCCCUACAACUGUCACUACAGGCGAACCAAGUACAGCCGCCCCUACUAGUUUCUCGAAAGGCGCCCCUACAACUGUCACUUCAGACCAACCAAGUACAGCCACCCCUACUAUUGUCACUAAAGGCGCCGCUACAACAGUCACUACAAACGAACAUAGCACAGCCGCCCCUACUAUUGUCUCGAAAGGCGCCGCUACAACUGUCACCACAAACGAACCAAGUACAGCCGCCCCUACUAUUGUCUCAAAAGGCGCCUCUACAAAUGUCACCACAGAAGAACCAAGAACAGCCGAACCCACUAUUGUCUCGAAAGGCGCCCCUACAACUGUCACUUCAGACGAACCAAGUACAGCCACCCCUAAUAUUGUCACUAAAGGUGCCGCUACAACUGUCACUAUAGACGAAUCAAGUUCAGCCGCCCUUACUAUUGUCUCGAAAGGCGCCGCUACUACAGUCACUACAGGCGAAACAAGUACAGCCACCCCUACUAUUGUCUCGAAAGGCGCCGCUACAAAUGUCACUACAGGCGAACCAAGUACAGCCGCCCCUACUAUUGUCUCGAAAAGCGCCCCUACAACUGUCACUUCAGACGAACAAAGUACAGCCACCCCUACUAUUGUCACUAAAGGCGCCGCUACAACAGUCACUACAAACGAACCAAGUACAGCCGCCCCUACUAUUGUCUCGAAAUGCGCCCCUACAACUGUCACUACAGGCGAACCAAGUACAGCCGACCCUACUAUUGUCUCGAAAGGCGCCGCUAUAACAGUCACUACAGACGAACCAAGUACAGCAGCCCCUACUAUUGUCUCGAAAGGCGCCGCUACACCUGUAAUUACAGGCGAACCAAGUACAGCCGCCACUAAUAUUGUCACUAAAGGUGCCGCUAGAACUGUCACUUCAGGCGAACCAAGUACAACCGCCCCUACUAUUGUCUCGAAAGGUGCCGCUACAACUGUCACUUCAGGCGAAUUAGGUACAGCCGCCCCUACAACUGUCAACACAGACGAACCAAGUACAGCCGCCCCAAAUAUUGUCACUAAAGGCGUCGCUACAACUGUCACUACAGACAAACCAAGUAAAGCCGCACCUACUGUUGUCUCGAAAGGCGCCGCUACAACUGUCACUUCAGGCGAACCAGGUACAGCCGCCCCUACAACUGUCACCACAGACGAACCAAGGACAGCCGCCCCUACUAUUGUCUCGAAAGGCGCCGCUACAACUGUCACUACAGACGAACCAAGUACAGCCGCCCCUACUUUUGGCACUAAAGGUGCCACUACAACUGUCACUACAGACGAACCAAGUACAGCCGCCCCUACUAUUUUCUCGAAAGGCGCCACUACAACAGUCAUCACAGGCGAACCAAGUACAGCCGCCACUACUAAUGUCUCGAAAGGCGACACUACAACAGUCACCACAGACGAACCAAGUACAGCCGCCCCUACUAUUGUCUCCAAAGGCGCCACUACAACUGUCACCAAAGACGAACCAAGUACAGCCGCCACUACUAUUGUCUCGAAAGGCGACACUACAACUGCCACCACAGACGAACCAAGUACAGCCGCCACUACUAUUGUCUCGAAAGGCGACACUACAACUGCCACCAUAGACGAACCAAGUACAGCCGCCCCUAAUAUUGUUACUAAAGGUGCCGCUACAACUGUCACUAUAGACGAAUCAAGUUCAGCCGCCCCUACUAUUGUCUCGAAAGGCGCCGCUACUACAGUCACUACAGGCGAAACAAGUACAGCCACCCCUACUAUUGUCUCGAAAGGCGCCGCUACAAAUGUCACUACAGGCGAACCAAGUACAGCCGCCCCUACUAUUGUCUCGAAAGGCGCCCCUACAACUGUCACUUCAGACGAACAAAGUACAGCCACCCCUACUAUUGUCACUAAAGGCGCCGCUACAACAGUCACUACAAACGAACCAAGUACAGCCGCCCCUACUAUUGUCUCGAAAGGCGCCGCUACAACUGUCACUACAGGCGAACCAAGUACAGCCGCCCCUACUAUUGUCUCGAAAGGCGCCGCUACAACAGUCACUACAGACGAACCAAGUACAGCAGCCCCUACUAUUGUCUCGAAAUGCGCCGCUACACCUGUAAUUACAGGCGAACCAAGUACAGCCGCCACUAAUAUUGUCACUAAAGGUGCCGCUAGAACUGUCACUUCAGGCGAACCAGGUACAACCGCCCCUACUAUUGUCUCGAAAGGUGCCGCUACAACUGUCACUUCAGGCGAAUUAGGUACAGCCGCCCCUACAACUGUCAACACAGACGAACCAAGUACAGCCGCCCCAAAUAUUGUCACUAAAGGCGUCGCUACAACUGUCACUACAGACGAACCAAGUACAGCCGCACCUACUGUUGUCUCGAAAGGCGCCGCUACAACUGUCACUUCAGGCGAACCAGGUACAGCCGCCCCUACAACUGUCACCACAGACGAACCAAGUACAGCCGCCCCUACUAUUGUCUCGAAAGGCGCCGCUACAACUGUCACUACAGACGAACCAAGUACAGCCGCCCCUACUAUUGGCACUAAAGGCGCCACUACAACUGUCACUACAGACGAACCAAGUACAGCCGCCCCUACUAUUGUCUCGAAAGGCGCCACUACAACAGUCAUCACAGGCGAACCAAGUACAGCCGCCACUACUAAUGUCUCGAAAGGCGACACUACAACAGUCACCACAGACGAACCAAGUACAGCCGCCCCUACUAUUGUCUCGAAAGGCGCCGCUACAACAGUCAUCACAGGCGAACCAAGUACAGCCGCCACUACUAUUGUCUCGAAAGGCGACACUACAACUGCCACCAUAGACGAACCAAGUACAGCCGCCCCAAAUAUUGUCACUAAAGGCGUCGCUACAACUGUCACUACAGACAAACCAAGUACAGCCGCCCCUACUAUUGUCUCGAAAGGCGCCGCUACUACAGUCACUACAGGCGAAACAAGUACAGCCACCUCUACUAUUGUCUCGAAAGGCGCCGCUACAAAUGUCACUACAGGCGAACCAAGUACAGCCGCCCCUACUAUUUUCUCGAAAGGCGCCCCUCCAACUGUCACUUCAGACGAACAAAGUACAGCCACCCCUACUAUUGUCACUAAAGGCACCGCUACAACAGUCACUACAAACGAACCAAGUACAGCCGUCUCUACAAUUGUCUCGAAAGGCGCCGCUACAACAGUCACUACAGGCGAACCAAGUACAGCCGCCCCUACUAUUGUCUCGAAAGGCGCCGCUACAACUGUUACCACAGAAGAACCAAGUACAGCCGCCCUUAAUAUUGUCACUAAAGGCGCCGCUACAACAGUCACUACAAACGAACCAAGUACAGCCGCCCCUACUAUUGUCUCGAAAGGCGCCGCUAAAACUGUCACUUCAGGCGAACCAGGUACAGCCACCCCUACUAUUGUCACUAAAGGUGCCGCUACAACAGUCACUACAAACGAACCAAGUGCAGCCGCCCCUACUAUUGUCUCGAAAGGCGCCGCUACAACUGUCACCACAGACGAACCAAGAACAACCGCCCCUACUAUUGUCUCAAAAGACGCCUCUACAAAUGUCACUACAGACGAACCAAGUACAGCCGCCCCUACUAUUGUCUCGAAAGGCGCCGCUACAACUGUCACCACAGACGAACCAAGAACAACCGCCCCUACUAUUGUCUCAAAAGGCGCCUCUACAAAUGUCACUACAGACGAACCAAGUACAGCCGCCCCUACUAUUGUCUCUAAAGGCGCCGCUACAACUGUCAAUACAGGCGAACCAAGUACAGCCGCCACUAAUAUUGUCACUAAAGGUGCCACUAAAACUGUCACUUCAGGCGAACCAAGUACAGCCGCCCCUACUAUUGUCUCAAAAGGUGCCGCUACAACUGUCACUUCAGGCGAACCAGGUACAGCCGCCCCUACAACUGUCAUCACAGGCGAACCAAGUACAUCCGUCCCUACUAUUGUCUCCAAAGGCGCCACUACAACAGUCACCACAGACGAACCAAGUACAGCCGCCACUACUAUUGUCUCGAAAGGCGACACUACAUCUGCCACCAUAGACGAACCAAGUACAGCCGCCCCUACUAUUGUCUCGAAAGGCGCCGCUACAACUGUCACUACAGACGAACCAAGUACAGCCGCCCCUACUAUUGUCUCGAAAGGUGCCGCUACAACUGUCACUACAGGCGAACCAAGUACAGCCACCCCUACUAUUGUCUCGAAAGGCGCCGCUACAACUGUCACUACAGGAAAACCAAGUACAACCGCCUCUACUAUUGUCUCGAAAGGCGCCGCUACAACUGUCACUACAGGAAAACCAAGUACAACCGCCCCUACUAUUGUCUCGAAAGGCGCCACUACAACUGUCACCACAGACGAACCAAGUACAACCGCCCCUACUAUUGUCUCAAAAGGCGCCUCUACAAAUGUCACCACAGAAGAACCAAGAACAGACGAACCCACCAUUGUCUCGAAAGGCGCCCCUACAACUGUCACUUCAGACGAACCAAGUACAGCCACCCCUACUAUUGUCACUAAAGGCGCCGCUACAACAUUCACUACAAACGAACCAAGUACAGCCGCCCCUACUAUUGUCUCGAAAGGCGCCGCUACAACUGUCACUACAGGCGAACCAAGUACAGCCGCCCCUACUAUUGUCUCGAAAGGCGCCGCUACAACUGUCACUACAGACGAACCAAGUACAGCCGCCCCUACUAUUGUCUCGAAAGGCGCCGCUACAACUGUCACUACAGGCGAACCAAGUACAGCCGCCCCUACUAUUGUCUCGAAAGGCGCCCCUACAACUGUCACUUCAGACGAACCAAGUACAGUCAACCCUACUAUUGUCACUAAAGGCUCCGCUACAACAGUCACUACAAACGAACCAAGUACAGCCGCCCCUACUUUUGUCUCGAAAGGCGUCGCUACAACUAUCACCACAGACGAACCAAGAACAACAGCCCCUACUAUUGUCUCAAAAGGCGCCUCUACAAAUGUCACCACAGAAGAACCAAGAACAGCCGAACCCACUAUUGUCUCGAAAGGCGCCCCUACAACUGUCACUUCAGACGAACCAAGUACAGCCACCCCUACUAUUGUCACUAAAGGCGCCGCUACAACAGUCACUACAAACGAACCAAGUACAGCCGCCCCUACUAUUGUCUCGAAAGGCGCCGCUACAACUGUCACUACAGGCGAACCAAGUACAGCCGCCCCUACUAUUGUCUCGAAAGGCGCCGCUACAACUGUAAUUACAGGCGAACCAAGUACAGCCGCCCCUACUAUUGUCUCGAAAGGCGCCCCUACAACUGUCACUUCAGACGAACCAAGUACAGCCACCCCUACUAUUGUCACUAAAGGCGCCGCUACAACAGUCACUACAAACGAACCAAGUACAGCCGCCCCUACUUUUGUCUCGAAAGGCGUCGCUACAACUGUCACCACAGACGAACCAAGAACAACAGCCCCUACUAUUGUCUCAAAAGGCGCCUCUACAAAUGUCACCAAAGAAGAACCAAGAACAGCCGAACCCACAAUUGUCUCGAAAGGCGCCCCUACAACUGUCACUUUAGACGAACCAAGUACAGCCACCCCUACUAUUGUCACUAAAGGCGCCGCUACAACAGUCACUACAAACGAACCAAGUACAGCUGCCCCUACUAUUGUCUCGAAAGGCGCCCAUACAACUGUCACUACAGGCGAACCAAGUACAGCCGCCCCUACUAUUGUCUCGAAAGGCGCCGCUACAACUGUCACCACAGACGAACCAAGUACAGCCGCCACUACUAUUGUCUCGAAAGGCGACACUACAACUGCCACCAUAGACGAACCAAGUACAGCCGCCCCUAAUAUUGUCACUAAAGGUGCCGCUACAACUGUCACUAUAGACGAAUCAAGUUCAGCCGCCCCUACUAUUGUCUCGAAACGCGCCGCUACUACAGUCACUACAGGCAAAACAAGUACAGCCACCCCUACUAUUGUCUCGAAAGGCGCCGCUACAAAUGUCACUACAGGCGAACCAAGUACAGCCGCCCCUACUAUUGUCUCGAAAAGCGCCCCUACAACUGUCACUUCAGACGAACAAAGUACAGCCACCCCUACUAUUGUCACUAAAGGCGCCACUACAACAGUCACUACAAACGAACCAAGUACAGCCGCCCCUACUAUUGUCUCGAAAGGCGCCCCUACAACUGUCACUACAGGCGAACCAAGUACUGCCGCCCCUACUAUUGUCUCGAAAGGCGCCGCUACAACUGUCACUACAGACGAACCAAGUACAGCAGCCCCUACUAUUGUCUCGAAAGGCGCCGCUACACCUGUAAUUACAGGCGAACCAAGUACAGCCGCCACUAAUAUUGUCACUAAAGGUGCCGCUACAACUGUCACUUCAGGCGAACCAGGUACAACCGCCCCUACUAUUGUCUCGAAAGGUGCCGCUACAACUGUCACUUCAGGCGAAUUAGGUACAGCCGCCCCUACAACUGUCAACACAGACGAACCAAGUACAGCCGCCCCUAAUAUUGUCACUAAAGGCGUCGCUACAACUGUCACUAUAGACAAACCAAGUACAGCCGCACCUACUGUUGUCUCGAAAGAAGCCGCUACAACUGUCACUUCAGGCGAACCAGGUACAGCCGCCCCUACAACUGUCACCACAGACGAACCAAGGACAGCCGCCCCUACUAUUGUCUCGAAAGGCGCCGCUACAACUGUCACUACAGACGAACCAAGUACAGCCGCCCCUACUAUUGGCACUAAAGGCGCCACUACAACUGUCACUACAGACGAACCAAGUACAGCCGCCCCUACUAUUUUCUCGAAAGGCGCCACUACAACAGUCAUCACAGGCGAACCAAGUACAGCCGCCACUACUAAUGUCUCUAAAGGCGACACUACAACAGUCACCACAGACGAACCAAGUACAGCCGCCCCUACUAUUGUCUCGAAAGGCGCCGCUACAACAGUCAUCACAGGCGAACCAAGUACAGCCGCCCCUACUAAUGUCUCCAAAGGCGCCACUACAACUGUCACCACAGACGAACCAAGUACAGCCGCCACUACUAUUGUCUCGAAAGGCGACACUACAACUGCCACCAUAGACGAACCAAGUACAGCCGCCCCUAAUAUUGUCACUAAAGGUGCCGCUACAACUGUCACUAUAGACGAAUCAAGUUCAGCCACCCCUACUAUUGUCUCGAAAGGCGCCGCUACAACUGUCACUACAGGCGAAACAAGUACAGCCGCCCCUACUAUUGUCUCGAAAGGCGCCGCUACAACUGUCACUACAGGCGAACCAAGUACAGCCGCCCCUACUAUUGUCUCGAAAGGCGCCCCUCCAACUGUCACUUCAGACGAACCAAGUACAGCCACCCCUACUAUUGUCACUAAAGGCGCCGCUACAACAGUCACUACAAACGAACCAAGUACAGCCGUCCCUACAAUUGUCUCGAAAGGCGCCGCUACAACUGUCACUACAGGCGAACCAAGUACAGCCGCCCCUACUAUUGUCUCGAAAGGCGCCGCUACAACUGUUACCACAGAAGAACCAAGUACAGCCGCCCUUAAUAUUGUCACUAAAGGCGCCGCUACAACAGUCACUACAAACGAACCAAGUACAGCCGCCCCUACUAUUGUCUCGAAAGGCGCCGCUCAAACUGUCACUUCAGGCGAACCAGGUACAGCCACCCCUACUAUUGUCACUAAAGGCGCCGCUACAACAGUCACUACAAACGAACCAAGUACAGCCGCCCCUACUAUUGUCUCGAAAGGCGCCGCUACAACUGUCACCACAGACGAACCAAGAACAACCGCCCCUACUAUUGUCUCAAAAGGCGCCCCUACAACUGUCACUACAGACGAACCAAGUACAGCCGCCCCUACUAUUGUCUCGAAAGGCGCCGCUACAACUGUCACUACAGGCGAACCAAGUACAGCCGCCCCUACAACUGCCACCAGAGACAAACCAAGUACAGCCACCCCUACUUUUGUCAAUAAAUAUGCCGCUACAACUGUCAUCAGAGACGAACCAAGUACAGCCGCCCCUACUAUUGUCUCGAAAGGCGCCGCUACAACUGUCACUACAGACGAACCAAGUACAGCCGCCCCUACUAUUGUCUCGAAAGGAGCCGCUACAACUGUCACUACAGACGAACCAAGUACAGCCGCCCGUACUAUUGGCACAAAAGGCGCGGCUACAACCGUCACAACAGGCAUACCAAGUACAGCCACCCCUACUAUUGUCACAAAAGGCACCGCUACAACAGUCACUACAAACGAACCAAGUACAGCCGCCCCUACUAUUGUCUCGAAAGGCGCCGCUACAACUGUCACUACAGGCGAACCAAGUACAGCCGCCCCUACUAUUGUCUCGAAAGGCGCCGCUACAACUGUCACCACAGAAGAACCAAGUACAGCCGCCCCUAAUAUUGUCACUAAAGGCGCCGCUACAACAGUCACUACAAACGAACCAAGUACAGCCGCCCCUACUAUUGUCUCGAAAGGCGCCGCUACAACUGUCACCACAGAAGAACCAAGUACAGCUGCCCCUACUAUUGUCACUAAAGGCGCCGCUACAACUGUCACUACAAAAGAACAAAGUACAGCCGCCCCUACUAUUGUCUCGAAAGGCGCCGCUACAACUGUCACUACAGGCGAACCAAGUACAGCCGCCCCUACUAGUGUCUCGAAAGGCGCCCCUACAACUGUCACUUCAGACCAAACAAGUACAGCCACCCCUACUAUUGUCUCGAAAGGCGCCGCUACAACUGUCACUACAGACGAAUCAAGUACAGCCGCCCCUACAAUUGGCACUAAAGGCGCCACUACAACUGUCACUACAGACGAACCAAGUACAGCCGCCCCUACUAUUGUCUCGAAAGGCGCCACUACAACAGUCAUCACAGGCGAACCAAGUACAGCCGCCACUUCUAAUGUCUCGAAAGACGCCGCUACAACAGUCAUCACAGGCGAACCAAGUACAGCCGCCCCUACUAUUGUCUCCAAAGGCGCCACUACAACAGUCACCACAGACGAACCAAGUACAGCCGCCACUACUAUUGUCUCGAAAGGCGACACUACAACUGCCACCAUAGACGAACCAAGUACAGCCGCCCCUAAUAUUGUCACUAAAGGUGCCGCUACAACUGUCACUUCAGGCGAACCAGGUACAGCCGCCCCUACUAUUGUCUCGAAAGGCGCCGCUACAACUGUCACUACAGACGAAUCAAGUACAGCCACCCCUACUAUUGUCUCGAAAGGCGCCGCUACAACUGUCACUACAGGAAAACCAAGUACAACCGCCUCUACUAUUGUCUCGAAAUGCGCCGCUACAAAUGUCACUACAGGAAAACCAAGUGCAACCGCCCCUACUAUUGUCUCGAAAGGCGCCACUACAACUGUCACCACAGACAAACCAAGUACAACCGCACCUACUAUUGUCUCAAAAGGCGCCUCUACAAAUGUCACUACAGACGAACCAAGUACAGCCACCCCUACUAUUGGCACUAAAGGCGCCGCUACAACAAUCACCACAAACGAACCAAGUACAGCCGCCCAUACUAUUGUCUCGAAAGGCGCCGCUACAACUGUCACCACAGACGAACCAAGAACAACCGCCCCUACUAUUGUCUCAAAAGGCGCCUCUACAAAUGUCACCACAGAAGAACCAAGAACAGCCGAACCCACUAUUGUCUCGAAAGGCGCCGCUACAACUGUCACUUUAGACGAACCAAGUACAGCCACCCCUACUAUUGUCACUAAAGGCGCCGCUACAACAUUUACUACAAACGAACCAAGUACAGCCGCCCCUAAUAUUGUCUCGAAAGGCGCCGCUACAACUGUCACUACAGGCGAACCAAGUACAGCCGCCCCUACUAUUGUCUCGAAAGGCGCAGCUCCAACAGUCACUACAGACGAACCAAGUACAGCCGCCCCUACUAUUGUCUCCAAAGGCGCCGCUACAACUGUCACUACAGGCGAACCAAGUACAGCCGCCUCUACUAUUGUCUCGAAAGGCGACCCUACAACUGUCACUUCAGACGAACCAAGUACAGUCAACCCUACUAUUGUCACUAAAGGCGCCGCUACAACAGUCACUACAAACGAACCAAGUACAGCCGCCCCUACUAUUGUCUCGAAAGGCGUCGCUACAACUGUCACCACAGACGAACCAAGAACAACCGCCCCUACUAUUGUCUCAAAAGGCGCCUCUACAAAUGUCACCACAGAAGAACCAAGAACAGCCGAACCCACUAUUGUCUCGAAAGGCGCCCCUACAACUGUCACUUCAGACGAACCAAGUACAGCCACCCCUACUAUUGUCACUAAAGGCGCCGCUACAACAGUCACUACAAACGAACCAAGUACAGCCGCCCCUACUAUUGUCUCGAAAGGCGCCCCUACAACUGUCACUACAGGCGAACCAAGUACAGCCGCCCCUACUAUUGUCUCGAAAGGCGCCGCUACAACAGUCACUACAGACGAACCAAGUACAGCCGCCCCUACUAUUGUCUCGAAAGGCGCCGCUACAACUGUCACUACAGGCGAACCAAGUACAGCCGCCCCUAAUAUUGUCACUAAAGGUGCCGCUAAAACUGUCACUUCAGGCGAACCAGGUACAGCCGCCCCUACUAUUGUCUCGAAAGGUGCCGCUACAACUGUCACUUCAGGCGAACCAGGUACAGCCGCCCCUACAACUUUCACCACAGACGAACCAAGUACAGCCACCCCUAAUAUUGUCACUAAAGGCGCCGCUACAACUGUCACUACAGACGAACCAAGUACAGCCGCACCUACUGUUGUCUCGAAAGGCGCCGCUACAACUGUCACUUCAGGCGAACCAGGUACAGCCGCCCCUACAACUGUCACCACAGACGAACCAAGUACAGCCGCCCCUACUAUUGUCUCGAAAGGCGCCGCUACAACUGUCACUACAGACGAACCAAGUACAGCCGCCCCUACUAUUGGCACUAAAGGCGCCACUACAACUGUCACUACAGACGAACCAAGUACAGCCGCCCCUACUAUUUUCUCGAAAGGCGCCACUACAACAGUUAUCACAGGCGAACCAAGUUCAGCCGCCUCUACUAUUGUCUCGAAAGGCGACACUACAACAGUCACCACAGACGAACCAAGUACAGCCGUCCCUACUAUUGUCUCUAAAGGCGCCGCUACAACAGUCAUCACAGGCGAACCAAGUACAGCCGCCCCUACUAUUGUCUCGAAAGGCGCCAAUACAACAGUCACCACAGACGAACCAAGUACAGCCGCCACUACUAUUGUCUCGAAAGGCGACACUACAACUGCCACCAUAGACGAACCAAGAACAAAAGGCACCGCUACAACAGUCACCACAAACGAACCAAGUACAGCCGCCCCUACUAUUGUCUCGAAAGGCGCCGCUACAACUGUCACUACAGGCGAACCAAGUACAGCCGCCCCGACUAUUGUCUCGAAAGGCGCCCCUAAAACUGCCACCACAGAUGAACCAAGUACAGCCGCCCCUACUAUUGUCUCGAAAGGCGCCGCUACAGCUGUCAGUACAGACGAACCAAGUACAGCCGCCCCUACUAUUGUCUCGAAAGGCGCCACUACAACUGUCACUACAGUCGAACCAAGUACAGCUGCCCCUAAUAUUGUCUCGAAAGGCGCCGCUACAACAGUCACUACAGACGAACCAAGUACAGCCGCCCCUACUAUUGGCACAAAAGGUGCGGCUACAACAGUCACUACAGGCGAACCAAGUUCAGCCGCCCCUACUAUUGUCUCGAAAGGCGCCACUACAACAGUUACCACAGGCGAACCAAGUACAGCCGCCCCUAUUAUUGUCUCGAAAGGUGCCACUACAACUGUCUCCACAGACGAACCAAGUACAGCCGCCCCUACAACUGUCACUACAGGCCAACCAAGUACAGCCGCCCCUACUAUUGUCUCGAAUGGCGCCACUACAACUGUCACUACAGGCGAACCAAGUACAGCCGCCCCUAAUAUUGUCGCUAAAGGCACCGCUACAACUGCCACCACAGACGAACCAAGUACAGCCGCCCCUACUAUUGUCUCGAAAGGCGCCACUACAACAGUCACCACAGGCGAACCAAAUACAGCCGCCCCUAUUAUUGUCUCGAAAGGCGCCACUAACACUGUCACUACAGACGAACCAAGUACAACCGCCCCUACUAUGAUCUCAAAAGGCGCCCCUACAAAUGUCACCACAGACGAACCAAGAACAGCCGCCCCCACUAUUUUCUCGAAAGGCGCCUCUACAACUGUCACUUCAGACGAACCAAGUACAGCCGCCCCUACUAUUGUCUCGAAAGGCGCCGCUACAACUGUCACUACAGGCGAAAAAAGUACAGCCGCCCCUACUAUUGUUUCGAAAGGCGCCGCUACAACUGUCACUACAGGAAUACCAAGUACAGCCACCCCUACUUUUGUCACAAAAGGUGCCGCUACAACUGUCACCACAGACGAACCAAUUACAGCCGCCCCUACUAUUGUCUCGAAAGGCGCUGCUACAACUGUCACUACAGGCGAACCAAGUACAGCCGCCCAUACUAUUUUCUCCAAAGGCACCGCUACAACAGUCACUACAGGCCAACCAAGUACAGCCGCCCCUACUGUUGUCUCGAAAGGCGCGGCUACAACUGUCACCACAGACAAAUCAAGUACAGUCUCACCUAUUAUUGUCUCGAAAGGCGCCGCUAAAACAGUCACUACAGGGGAACCAAGAACAGCCGCCCAUACAACUGUCACCACAGACGAACCAAAUACAGCCGCCCCUACUAUUGUCUCGAAAGGCGCCGCUACAACUGUCACUACAGACGAACCAAGUACAGCCGCCCCUUCUAUUGUCUCGAAAGGCGCCACUAAAAUUGGCACUACAGGCGAACCAAAUACAGCCGUUACUACUAUUGUCCCCAAAGGCGCCGCUACAACUGUCACUACAGGCCAACCAAGUACAGUCGCCCCUACUAUUGUCUCGAAAGGCGAAGCUACAACUGGCACUACAGGACAAUCAAGUACAGCCGCCCCUACAACUGUCUCUACAAGCGAACCAAGUACAGCCGCCCCUACUAUUGUCUCGAAAGGCGCCGCUAAAGCUGUCACUACAGACGAACCAAGUACAGCCGCCACUACUAUUGUCUCGGAAGGCGCCGCUACAACUUUCACUACAGGCGAACAAAGUACAGUCGCCCCUACUAUUGUCACUAAAGUGGCCGCUACAACAGUAACUGCAAGCGAACCAAAUACAGCCGCCCCUACUAUUGUCUCGAAAGGCGCCGCUACAACUGUCACUACAGACGAACCAAGUACAGUCGCCCCUACUAUUGGCACUAAAGGCGCCGCUACAACUGUCACUACAGGCGAACCAAAUACAGCCGCCCCUACUAUUUUCUCGAAAGGCGCCGCUACAACUGUCAACACAGAAGAACCAAGUACAGCCGCCCCUACUAUUGUCUCGAAAGGCGCGGCUACAACUUUCACCACAAACGAACCAAGUACAGCCGUCACUACUAUUGUCUCGAAAGGCGCCGCUACAACAGUCACUACAGGCGAACCAAAUACAGCCGCCCCUUAUAUUGUCACUAAAGGCGCCGCUACAACUGUCACCACAGACGAACAAAGUACAGCCGCCCCUACUAUUGUCUCAAAAGGCGACGCUACAACUGUCACUACAGACGAACCAAGUACAGCCACCCCUACUAUUGUCACAACAGACCAACCAAGUACAGCCGCCCCUACUAUUGUCUCGAAAGGCGCAGCUACAACUGUCACUACAGACGAAUUAAGUACAGCCGCCCCUACUAUUGUCACUACAAGCGAACCAAAUACAGCCGCCCCUACUAUUGUCUCGAAAAGCGCCGCUACAACUGUCACUAAAGGCGAACCAAGUACAGCCGCCCUUACUAUUGUCUCGAAAGGUGCCGCUACAACUGUCACUUUAGGCGAACCAGGUACAACCGCACCUACAACUAUCAGUACAGAAGAACCAAGUACAGCCGCCCCUACUAUUGUCUCGAAAGGCGCCGCUACAACUGUCACCACAGAAGAACCAAGUACAGCCGCCCCUACUAUUGUCUCGAUAGGCGCCGCUAAAGCUGUCACUACAGACGAACCAAGUACAGCCGCCACUACUAUUGUCUCGGAAGGCGCCGCUACAACUUUCACUACAGGCGAACCAAGUACAGUCGCCCCUACUAUAGUCACUAAAGUGGCCGCUACAACAGUAACUACAAGCGAACCAAAUACAGCUGCCCCUACUUUUGUCUCGAAAGGCGCCGCUACAACUGUUACUACAGACGAACCAAGUACAGUCGCCCCUACUAUUGGCACUAAAGGCGCCGCUACAACUGUCACUACAGGCGAACCAAAUACAGCCGCCCCUACUAUUGUCUCGAAAGGCGCCGCUACAACUGUCACCACAGAAGAACCAAGUACAGCCGCCCCUAUUAUUGUCUCGAAAGGCGCGGCUACAACUGUCACCACAAACGAACCAAGUACAGCCGUCACUACUUUUGUCUCGAAAGGCGCCGCUACAACAGUCACUACAGGCGAACCAAAUACAGCCGCCCCUAAUAUUGUCACUAAAGGCGCCGCUACAACUGUCACCACAGACGAACAAAGUACAGCCGCCCCUACUAUUGUCUCGAAAGGCGCCGCUACAACUGUCACUACAGACGAACCAAGUACAGCCACCCCUACUAUUGUCACUACAGACCAACCAAGUACAGCCGCCUCUACUAUUGUCUCGAAAGGCGCCGCUACAACUGUCACUACAGACGAACCAAGUACAGCCGCCCCUACUAUUGUCACUACAAGCGAACCAAAUACAGCCGCCCCUACUAUUGUCUCGAAAGGCGCCGCUACAACUGUCACUAAAGGCGAACCAAGUACAGCCGCCCUUACUAUUGUCUCGAAAGGUGCCGCUACAACUGUCACUUUAGGCGAACCAGGUACAGCCGCACCUACAACUAUCAGUACAGAAGAACCAAGUACAGCCGCCCCGACUAUUUUCUCAAAAGGCGCCGCUGCAACUGUCACUACAGACGAACCAAGAACAGCCGCCUCUACUAUUGUCUCGAAAGGCGCCACUACAACAGUCGCCACAGACGAACCAAGAAAAGCCGCCCCGACUAUUGUCUCGAAAGGCGCCGCUACAGCUGUCAGUACAGACGAACCAAGUACAGCCACCCCUACUAUUGUCACUAAAGGCGCCGCUACAACAGUCACUACAGACGAACCAAGUACAGCCGCCCCUACUAUUGUCUCGAAAGGCGCCGCUACAACUGUCACUACAGGCGAACCAAGUACAGCCGCCCCUACUAUUGUCUCGAAAGGCGCCGCUACAACUGUCACUACAGGAAAACCAAGUACAGCCACCCCUACUUUUGUCACUAAAGGUGCCGCUGCAACUGUCUCCACAGGCGAAACAAGUACAGCCGCCCCUACUAUUGUCACUACAGGCGCCCCUACAACUGUCACCAGAGACAAACCAAGUACAGAUCCCCCUACUUUUGUCACUAAAGGUGCACCAAGUAAUUCAUUGACCACUGGCUUACCAAGUACAGCCGCCUCUAUUUCAUUGACCACUGGCUUGCCAAGUACAGCCGCCUCUAUUUCAUUGACCCCUGGCUCACCAAGUUCUGCCGCCUCUACUUCAUUUACCCCUGGCUCGCCAAGUAAAGCCGCCUCUACUUCAUUGACCAUUGGCUCGCCAAGUACACCACCCUCUUCUUCAUUGAUUCCUGGCUCACUAUAUACAGCCACCUCUACUUUAUUGACCCCAGGCUCGCCAAGUACAGCCGCCCCUACUUCAUUGACCACUGGCUCGCCAAGUACAGCACCCUCUAGUGCAUUGACCAUUGGCUCAUCGAGUACAGCCGCUUCUAAUUCAAUGAUUUCUGGCUCACUUACUACAGGCACUUCUACUUUAUCGACUACUGGCUCAUUGAGGAAAGCCGCUUCUACCAUAUUGACCAUUGGCUCACCUAGUCCUGCCGCCUCUUCGCUGUUGGCCACUGGCUCACCGAGUACUCUCACCUCGUUUUUAUUGAAAACUAGCUCAACGAGUACAAUCGCCUCUAAAACAGAAACUACACCGAGCACAGCCUUAUCAGUUGCUUCACCGAGUACAGCCGCCUCUACAACAGAAACUACACCGAAAUACAGCCGCAUCUUCGACAGUAACUACACCGAGUACAGCCGCAUCUUCGACAGUUACUACACCGAGCACAGCCACAUCUUCAACAGUGACUUUACCGAGUACAGCGCAAUUUUCGACAAUAACUACACCGAGUACAGCGCCAUCUUCAACAGUGAAUACACCGAGUACAGCCGCAUCUUCGACAGUAACUACACCGAGUACAGCCACAUCUUCAACAGUGACUACACCGAGUACAGCCGCAUUUUCAACAGAAACUACACCGAGUACAGCCGCAUUUUCAACAUUUACUACACCGAGUACAGGCGCAUCUUCGACAAUAACUACACCGAGUACAGGCGCAUCUUCAACAAUAACUACAACGAGAACAGCCGCAUCUUCAACAGAAACUAUAUCGAGUAUUGUCGCAUCUUCGACAGUUUCUACGCCGACUACCCCGAGAACAGCCACAUCUUCGAUAGUAACUACACCGAGUACAGCCGCAUCUUCAACAGUUACUACACCGAUUGCAGCCGCCUCUUUAACAGUACCUACACCGAGUACAGGCGCAUCUUCGACAAUAACUACACCGAGUACAGGAGAAUAUUCAACAAUAACUACAACGAGAACAGCCACAUCUGCAACAGAAACUACAUCAAGUAUAGCCGCCUCGACAACAAUAACUACACCGAAUACUGCCGCUUCUUCAACAGUAACUUCACCGAGUACAGCCGCCUUUUCAACAGUAACUACACCGAGUGCAGCCGCUUUUUCAACAGUAGCUACACCGAGAACAGCCGCCGCCUUUUCAACAGUCACUUCACCGGGUACAGCCGCAUUUUCAAAGGUUAUUUCUCCGAGUACAGCCGCAACUUCAACACCACUACAUUGACAAUAAGUACAAUCUCCACUAAAGCCACUACAUUGACACCAAGUACAGUGUCCGCUAAGGCCACUACAGGGACACCAAGUACAGUCUCUAAUACAGCCACUACAGGGACACAAAGUACAGCCUCUAAUUCAGCCACCACAGGGACACCAAGUAGUGUCUCCACUAAAGCCACUUCAGGGACACCAAGUACAGUCUCCACUAAUGCUACUACAGGGACACCAAGUACAGUCUCCACUAAAACCACUACAGGGACACCAAGUACAGUCUCCACUAACGCCACUACAGGGACACCAAGUACAGUCACCACUAAAGCCAAUACAGGGAUACCAAUACAGUCUCCACUAAAACCACCACAGGGACACCAAGUAGAGUCUCCACUAAGGCACCUACAGGGACACCAAGUACAGUCUCCACUAAAACCACUACAGGGACACCAAGUACAGUCUCCACUAAGGCCACUACAGGGACACCAAGCACAGUCUCCACUAAAACCACUACAGGGACACCAAGUACAGUCUCCACUAAAACCACUACAGGGACACCAAGUACAGUCUCCGCUGUAG